UUUCUCUUUCUGCUGAGCGAGAUGAGAAACGGACGCAGACUUUGCCUCUUUUCACUUAUUUCUCCUGUUUCAGAGCGAGAGCAUAUAAGCCGUUUACACGAUACCAGCCGGUACUUGUAACACAAACAGCAGGGGGUCCAGUAAGGGUCCAGUGGAGGCCUUCAGAUGAUUUCAUGACCACAGACGUUAGAACCACAGAUCUUGUGGCAGGAAGAGGAAGAGCAACAGAUCUAAAGUGAAAGGAAAAAACCCCCAGCAGCUGCCAUUUCCGUUUCUUUUGCCUGACAAAGCUCUCGACGGAUUUCAUUUAAAAACGUGAUCUAUUCGGGUUUUGUGCUGUUUUUUGUUUUCUAGCGUUAUGUUGGAUUUGUGACCUACAAGGAGUUAUAUUCUUCCGCAACCUCCGUGAAGGAAAAUCACGGUAGGCCUAAAAUUCGGAACUUAAGGCCAAAUGCAAUGAUGAAGAUUUCUCCAGGUUCCUCAUUUUGGGUCAGUUUACAUCAGGAAGAUUUUGAGCCUCUGUUACAGGACUCAUGUGUUUUGAAAACAUAAACAGUUAGUCCUGGUGAUAUGUUCACUUUUUCAUAAAAGCAAGAAACUUGGUACAAGUGUACAGGCCCUUGUCAAAAAAUCCUAUUGGAAUUUCAGUUUAUCCGUUAUGAUCUUACUGAUCUUCUUCGAAUCCUAUUGGACAUUGUGUUUUAUUUGAUGGGAUUUUAAUUUUUCCUGUAAGAUGUUUUAUUGAUUUGUAUCAUAUUGGACAUUGUGAUUUUUAAAUGAAAAUUCACUUUGUCCUGUAAGAUCUUAUUUGAUUCUGUUAAUUAAUUACUUUUUAAGAGUAACCCUGCAUGUGUGUACUUGACCCUCAAUAAAAAUGCAGCCUAUAUAUGCAUACACACAAAUAUAACUGAAAUAACUGACAUCAUGUCUGUUGUAAUUCUGUUUUUUGAGCACUGGGUGGAGUGUGGGCCUUAAUGAGUAUAUAGGUAGGCAAAGAGUAAGAAAAGUCAGGUGUAUAAUUAGAGGGAGGCACAAUAUGAAAGUGGCCUGGGCCUGAUUUGAGAAAAUCGGAUUUGUGCUGUUCAGACUGUCAUAAGAAAAUCAGAUAUGGGUCACAUUUGGGCAAAAAGUCGGAUUUGGGCCACUUCAGCCUGCAGUGUGAACCUAGUCUUAGUGAAGGCAUCCGAUGGGAUUUUAUGUGCACUGUGCAGAGGAACUGUGAGUUAAAAUGACCUGUACGAGCUGUGUGAUGAAUAAAUCUGAUAAAGCAGUAUUUGGAGGACGAUUUUUCUUGUUUGGAUCUCACGCGUCAGAAACCACCCUACAACACCUCAAGUGACAAAAUGGCUAUUUAUGUCACUAUACAAGUUUCUGCCCCAUCAAGCCCCGCCCUAGCGCCGCCGCUGCUUAUUCAUGAAGACAAACAGCCCAUGAAACCACACAGUCAUAAGGCUAAACAACAAUGGAAAACAGGGCUGUGCACAGGGGGGUGUCCCGGUGACUAGAGCCACUGACCCUUUGCCCUCAUCGGCUGAGAUGCCCCCCUCCCGUGGCUCAAAGCAUUCAGUUACCGUGCCGCUAAAGAUCCACACGAAUCUGCUCCGUGUUUUCCCGCCGCUCCGCAGCAUCACUCACAAUCUGUGUGCCGCUCUCUGGAGAGUGGAGACGAUAGUAACCUAAGGUCGUUCAUUAACAGGUAGAUAGCCAACAUUACAAUCCACAUUACAGUCAAUGGUUGAUCCGCUGAAUUAGUAAUUUGGUAGUUUGUUUUUGUAUUUCUGUCAGUAAUGAUUUGCUCUCGGUCUUCUAAAAGUGCUAACAACAAAAUAUCCACUUUCUUAGAAUUAGAAUGUCUAAUCAAAUCAUUGUAUCCGAUCAGAUCUGAUAUAAAUUACACAAAAUUUGCUGUUGUUGGCACACUUUGUAGACAAAAAAAAAAAAAAAAAAAAAUGGCUUCACAAAAAAGAAGACACAGAGAAAGAGUGAAGGGAGGCUCUAAAGGAAGUUCAACAUUGCAAACAUGAAUUCAAAGCUCCAGCAGGUUUUUUUCCCUCCCAUCCUGUAGCCUACUCGCGCCCCCCCCGGGAGAGUGUCCGCGCCCCACCGGUUGAGAACCACUGAUCUAUGCUAAGCUAUGCUAAAAGUGCUAUCGGAGAUUGGCUGAAUAGAUUCCAAAACGCAUCUGUGUCCUUUAGAGAUGAAGCUCAUUUGUUUGACUUUGCUGAUUAUUAGUGGAAUUACAGAUUCAAGAUCAGAGCAGUAUGAAGUCGUGGGAGCUGCAGGUCCUGUGCUUGCUGUAGCUGGUGAAGAUGUGAUUCUGCCCUGUUCAGUCAAACCCAGCAUCAGUGUUGUGGACAUGAGAGUGGAGUGGUUUAGACUUGAUCUGAGAGACUCACAACUAGUGCAUCUCUAUGAGGAUCAUGUAGACAAAAACACAGAUCAGAUUCAGUCCUACAGAGAGAGAACAGAACUGAUCCAUCAAGAACUACAGAGAGGAGAUGCAUCACUCAAACUCUCAUCAGUCCGAGUCUCUGAUGAAGGACUUUAUAAGUGUUUUAUUCAGUCCAGAUCCUGGUCUGAUGACGCCACUGUUAAUGUCAGUGUUGAAGCUGUAGGGCGUCCUCCGGUGAUCACUGUAGAUGGGUUUGAUCAUUCAGGAGGGCUUCAUCUACAGUGUGAAUCUGAAGGUUGGAACCCUGAACCUGAUCUUGAGUGGCUGAACAGUGAAGGAGUCCGUCUGAGUUCAGAAACAACAGAGAAACACAGAAACACAGACGGAUUCAGUGUGAAACACACCGUAACUGUAUAUGAGAGAGACAGCAAGAUUCACUGCAGAUUCAGACUGAAGCAUCACAUGCUGGAGACACUGAUAAUCACCACAAGGAACAUGUUUAAUUCUUGGAGGACAUCAGUCACCGUGAUUUCAGUUUUUGUUGUGCUCGGUGUGAUUGCUGGAAUACUGAUAGCUGUGUUUGCUCAUAAAAACAAAGAACACAUUCAACUACAGAAGGAGAAGAGGAGAAUACAACAAGAACGUGAUCAACUUUUACAAAGUCUGAAGACAAUUAUACCUAAAGCUCUCACACAUUUAAGAACACACACGGUGAAUGUGAUUCUGGAUGCUGAUACGGCUCAUCCUCGUCUCAUCGUGUCUCGUGAUGGGAAACAAGUGAGAGAUGGAAACACACAAACAGGAGUGCAUCGAGGAAAAGACAGAUUUGAUGAAUAUCUUGGUGUUCUUGGGAAGGAGGGAUUCUCCUCGGGGUGUUUCUACUUUGAGGUGCAGGUGACGGGACAAACUGAGUGGCAUUUAGGAGUGGCCAGAGAAUCUGUUGACAGGAAGAGUUGGGAGAGUCUGAGACCUGAGAGAGGAUACUGGAUCGUGGGACGGAGAUAUGAGAGAUAUCGAGCUCGUGGUUCUUCUGAUUACUCUCUUUCUCUGAGAGUGGAUCCUGAGAGGAUCGGUGUGUUUGUGGAUUAUGAGAAGGGUCUCGUCUUCUUUUAUGAUGUGAAGUCCAGCUCUCAUAUCUACACUUACACUAAUCAGUCUUUUAAUGAGAAACUCUAUCCAUUUGUUAGUUUGGGGUAUCAGUGGAAUACAAACUCCACUCCGCUGAUCAUCUGUGAUGAUUACUAAUGAGAUCAGUGAAUUUACACGAUCAACUGAAGUAAAAGAAGACGCAAUAAAAAGGGAAACAGCAAUAACUGGAUUUGAAGUUGACUUGAGAAACAAGGCCAGAAAGUUUUAAAUGUUUUAAAAAAGUUUUACGGUUUUCAGUUUGAAAUAGUUUUAAAAAUUAAAAUCUGAAUGUUUUGAAGGUAAUAUAGUCUAUUAAAAAAUAGAUAGAUGCAGUUGCUAGGGUACUCAGGGUUGUUGCUAAGGUGUUACUAUACGGCUGAUAAGGUACUCAGGGUAGUUGCUAGGCUGUUGCUAUGCAGUUGCUAGUUUAUCGGGGCAGUUACUGUUGUGUUGCUAUGUCAUUGCUAGGGUACUCGGGGUGGUUGCUAGGAUGGUUUGGAUGGUUGCUAGAGUGUUGCUAUGAAGUUGCUGCUAAGUAUCAUAGACACUAUACAGAUAGAUAGAUAGAUAGAUAGAUAGAUAGAUAGAUAGAUAGAUAGAUAGAUAGAUAGAGGAGUUUGAAUGGAUUAGAAACAGUACACAGAAGGGAAGCUUGAUUGAGUCUCAAGGGAUUCUGGGAGUUUAAGUUUGAAUUUUGUCAGUUGGAGUUUGAAUAGUCUUGGCUCAUCUGAACAUCCUUCAAUGUAAAUCAAUGGGAUUUUUAUGAUUUUUAAUCUUCAGUUUUAUGAAAAGCAUAAAUACGAUCAGUUAGAAAAGAUAUAGCAACUAACUUCAGAUGUGUCUGAAGAUCUGGGCUGAGUUUGGAGUUUGUAGAGUUAAAUCUCGAGGACAGCCGACUCAUUAAAAUGCUGUUUAAACUUGUUAUUAUUCUUCUGUUGACUGCAGGGUUCCUCAAAUCUUUCUCAAGCCAACUUAAAUAUUAAAUAUUAUUUACACUAUCAGUCAAACAUUUGUACACACAAGGCUGAUUAUAUGUUUACUGUGAUCUUAAAGUAUUUAAAGACUUCUGCUUAAAUAACUGAAAUGACUUCAUAAAAGAACAUAAAUAAUGCCUAUAUAUGAAUUUCUUUACAAGAUCGCAGCUUUACUUUAACAUGAAUAAUGUUUUGAUCUGCAGCAGAUAAUGAAUGAAGAGCUUCAUGAAGAUGUUUCUUCUUCAAUAGUGUUUGCUGUUUGUUGAUGAAUGUCCUUCAUUUUCAUGUUUUAUUAUUAAUUUGAUUUCUCAUUGAUUUUGUAUUUCAUUGAAUUCUUGUGUCUUUCCAACCUGUUUCAUUUUUUCUCUCGUUUUCAUGUUAUCUUUCUGUCUGAACCUCUCUGUUCGAUAAAAAAUAUAUUUUUACUGCCAAGCUCCUUAAAUAACUUUUACAUAUACCAGGCUUUAUGUAUCUUGUGUUUUUGUUAUUAGGACUUUUACGUUGCAUUCGGUCCUGUUUUGUUCCUGUCUUCUGUUCAGUUUGUAGUUUUUCUUGUUGAUUAGUUCCCUGAUUGUUUCCAGGUGUGUCGUGUUGUUCGUCUGUUAGCUCUUGAUCUGGUCUUUGUUGGUCUUGUCCAUUGUUGGAUGUGUUGUUGGUGUCCUCUGUGCUUGUGUUUCUUGGUUUUUGCUCCUUGUUCUUUGAUUAUUGUUUGUCUAAUUAAAUCUGUGUUUAGAUUUUACUCUCCCUCGCCUCUGAAUGUUCACCGUCAUUAUAAAUAAGUGUUAUAAUAAUAGAUCAUGUAACUAAAUGCACGUUCUGUAGUCUGACUCUUCUGAAGUUAUUCAGUGAUAAUAAUAGAGUUACACAUCUCUGAAAGUUGUAAUGAAUGAUGUAAAUGCAGCACUGUGUCAUCUUUCAUUCAGAGUCUUUAUAUAUAAAUAUUUAUGUGUGUUCAA